GCAGAUAAGGCCACGAGCCAACUCCUGCUGGAGACGGACUGGGAAUCCAUCCUGCAGAUCUGCGACAUGAUCCGUCAGGGAGACACCCAAGCGAAAUACGCCGUCAAUGCCAUCAAGAAGAAGGUGAAUGACAAGAAUCCCCACGUGGCCCUGUACGCGCUGGAGGUCAUGGAGUCGGUGGUUAAAAACUGUGGCCAAACAGUCCAUGAUGAGGUGGCCAAUAAACAGACCAUGGAGGAGCUGAAGGAAAUACUCAAGAGGCAAGUGGAGACAAGUGUCCGCAGUAAGAUCCUGUACCUCAUCCAGGCCUGGGCUCAUGCCUUCCGCAACGAACCCAAGUACAAGGUGGUGCAGGACACCUAUCAGAUAAUGAAGGUUGAAGGUCAUGUCUUCCCGGAGUUCAAGGAGAGCGAUGCCAUGUUUGCUGCUGAGAGGGCUCCAGACUGGGUGGAUGCUGAGGAGUGUCACAGGUGCCGAGUGCAGUUUGGCGUUGUGACACGAAAGCAUCACUGCCGGGCCUGUGGGCAGAUCUUCUGUGGAAAAUGCUCCUCCAAGUAUUCCACCAUCCCCAAGUUCGGGAUUGAGAAGGAAGUGAGAGUCUGUGAGCCCUGCUACGAGCACCUUAACAAGAAAGCUGAGGGUAAAGCUGCUGCCACCUCUGAGCUGCCCCCUGAGUACCUGACCAGCCCCCUCUCUCAGCAGUCCCAGCUGCCUCCAAAGCGUGAUGAGACAGCUCUGCAAGAGGAGGAGGAGCUCCAGCUGGCUAUUGCCUUGUCUCAGUCAGAGGCCGAGGAGAAGGAGAGAAUGAGGCAGAAAACAACCUACUCCAUGUACCCGAAGGCUGAGCCGACACCUGUCACAUCAUCGGCUCCCCCGGUCAGCACACUCUACUCCCCACCUGUGAAUUCCUCUGCUCCCUUGGCUGAGGACAUUGACCCAGAGCUGGCUCGGUACCUGAACCGCAACUACUGGGAGAAGAAGCAAGAGGAGGUUCGCAAGAGCCCCACGCCGUCAGCACCCCUGUCCCUGACAGAGCCAACCACACAGCCUGGGGAAGCCCACCCUGCCCCGCUCGGAGUGGUUGAGCAGCAGUACCAGAACGGCGAGUCCGAGGAGAACCACGAGCAGUUCCUGAAGGCACUGCAGAAUGCAGUCACCACGUUCGUCAACCGCAUGAAGAGCAACCACAUGCGAGGCCGCAGCAUCACCAACGACUCCGCCGUGUUGUCCCUCUUCCAGUCCAUCAACAACAUGCACCCACAGCUGCUGGAGCUGCUCAACCAGCUGGACGAGCGCAGGCUGUACUAUGAAGGCCUGCAGGACAAACUGGCCCAGAUCCGGGAUGCACGUGGGGCUCUGAAUGCACUGCGGGAGGAGCACCAGGAGAAGCUGCGCCGUGCGGCGGAGGAGGCAGAGCGGCAGCGCCAGAUCCAGCUGGCCCAGAAGCUGGAGAUCAUGAGGCAGAAGAAGCAGGAGUACCUGGAGAUGCAGCGUCAGUUGGCCAUCCAGCGACUGCAGGAGCAGGAGAAGGAGAGGCAGCUGCGCCUGGAGCAGCAGAAGCAGACCAUCCAGAUGAGAGCCCAGAUGCCAGCCUUCUCCCUGCCUUAUGCCCAGCUCCAGGCCAUGCCUGCAGCCAGCGGGGUGAUCUACCAACCCUCUGGACCCACCAGCUUCCCUGGCACCUUCAGCCCAGCCGGCUCCGUGGAGGGCUCUCCCAUGCACAGCGUGUACAUGAACCAGGCCGCGCAGGGGGGCACGGGGCCGUACACUGCCAUGCCUGUCACCGGGACUG